UUGUUAGAUACAACGUCAAGAUGGCGACUAGACAGCCGCUACUCAUGACGCCUGAGGCAGGCUUGAACCAUCGACCUGCCACGGCCGGUCAGUUUCGCGUGAAUUGGCCCGAUUUCGUGCUAAUAGAAAGACCUUCAAGCGCACCAGCGAUCAACAUUAGCAACAAGCUUAAUAGCUUAAAACGGUCUAUGACCGUUCUACCCAACCGUACGAUGUUCGUACAACCGAGGCAAGAUAUCAACUCCUUGUCCAAGAACGUUUCAACGUUCUUCAACUCGAAAGCACAAAGCCUUCCAGUUAUCAAUGAAGCGUUUCCAAAGUCCAAACCUCUCUCUCUGAGUGUGACAAAACUUAUGGAUAUCCUUCCUUCCAUGGACAGAGCUGCUGUCUGGCUAAACAACCCCGAGAAGUCCCCGGUUAUUUCUUCUCCCCAAAACACUAUAGCAGACCCCUGUACGAUGUGCGAAGGACAGACCCUUUUGCAGAAGUCUGACAGUGAAAUCACACGUGUUUCUGAGUCCUCUAAGGUUGUACAGGAGGUAACACCUAGAUACGAGGUCUCCACUGAGUUCUCUAUGGUUGUACAGGAGGUAACACCUAUAUACGAGGUCUCCACUGAGUCCUCUAAGGUUGUACAGGAGGUAACACCUAGAUACGAGAUCCCCACUGAGUUCUCUAAGGUUGUACAGGAGGUAAAACCUAGAUACGAGGUUUCUACAUUAGUACAGGAGGGAACACCUAGAUACGAGGUCUCCACACUUAGGGCAAUAGCUUCCAAAGUUGUGGAGGCACUUCCGGCACCAACUUCUCGUGAGGAUAUUAUCAAGCCGGAUUCCCCAUCGACACACACGACAGCUUCUCCCGCCAUGUCGGAUACCACGAUCGACUGCGAUGUAGAUUCUGGACACGAGACCGAGUCUCCAAACAAGGCCGCGAGGUCUCAACAAGUGGCCGACACUCCAAGAUACAACGUGUCCGCUCUGCGGAGCUUGGCUCUGAACGUGGUCAAAAUGCUGCCCAACCCCAACGCUCUUCUGCAGACACUGGAGACGUCUUUUCCUCUUGCCGCACAUUCCGUGGAGUUUAACAAACAGACAUCUAGUCAAGCAGCCACGGACAUCAAGAGUGAAACGACCUUGUCCCCGACAGUCUCCGAGAGUUUACACAAUACGCCUGAAGCUCCCAGAUACGGGGUGUCUACACUGAGUGCUCUAGCUCUGAAGGUUGUGGACACACUUCCUAAACCAGCCUGUUAUACGGGUUCACUUGCUGCUUCUGACACAACGGAGGUUGGACAGACUGCUAUUGACAAAGAUGGUGAAACCACCCUAUCCAGAAGUGCCUCUGAGAGUUCACAGGAUGUGACUGCAACUCCCAGAUACGAGGUUUCUACACUGAAGGCUAUUGCUCUGAAGGUUGUGGACACACUUCUAAAACCAAUCACUUCUAUGGGAUCACUUGCUGCUUCGGACACAAAGGAUGAUGAAAAGACAUCGCCCGUGGAUGCUAUUGGCCCAGUUUGUACAACAGUCUUGUCACCAAGUUCCUCCGAGUGUUCACGGGGUGUGAUAGCAUCUCCCGGAUACGAGGUUUCCACCCUGAUGACUUUUGCUUUGACGGCCGCGGACUCACUUCCCACCCCUUGUGUAGACGCCGGUGGGGCUUCUGUGACAAAGGAGGUUACAGAGCGGUUAACUGAUGACGCAUGUGACAUUUGCUUCUGUUCUCAGACUGCUAUUGACAAUUAUGGUGAAACAACCGUAUCCAGAAGUGCCUCAGAGAGUUCACAGGAUGUGACUGCAACUCCCAGAUACGAGGUUUCUACACUGAAGGCUAUUGCUCUGAAGGUUGUGGACACACUUCCAAAACCAAUCACUUCUAUGGGAUCACUUGCUGCUUCGGAGACAAAGGAUGAUGAAAAGACAUCGCCCGUGUAUGCUAUUGCCACUGUCGGUAAAACAUCCGUGUCACCAAGUUCCUCCGAGUGUUCACGGGGUGUGAUUGCAUCUCCCGGAUACGAGGUUUCCACCCUGAUGACUUUAGCUUUGAAGGCAGCGGACUCACUUCCCACCCCUUGUGUGGAUGCCGGUGGGGCUUCUGAGACAAAGGAGGUUACAGAGUUUGUAGAGAAUGACUCCGACAAGCGACUUGCAGCCAAUGCACCAUCAAAUAGCUUUUGGAACUGUGAGGAUGAGAAUGCUUCUUCGAGGAAAGAUGUGUCUCCUCUUCGGGAACUCAAAUUUGAUAUUGUACAGUCCCUUCCAAAGACAAUCCCUUCGAUUGGUGAAACUGACGUCGCGUUACUUCCCAACGACAGCAUUCCCUCUCCAAUCUCUACUGACAAUCUGGUCAGGAAUAAAGAAGACCAAAGGAAGAUUACGACGGCUCUGCAGGACUUGUCCCUCAGAAGGCAAACGGCUUUUCGCGAGAUUAGCGCGGCCCAAGAAUCGAAUUGUCACACGAGGGAUUUCUAUGCAGAGGUCAGGUUUUUGGAUUCCAUCGAGGCCGAGUGUAGAAAGAACAAUAAUAAAGAAGUAGAAACUGUGUGGUACAAGAAAAAACUAAAAGGGGCCAAACAGUCUCGCGAAGAGGCAGCAGGAAAACUAAUGAUUAUCAACCACAAGAUUAUCGUGGGAAAGCAGACGUACUUGGCGUCAGAACAAGAAAUCCUUCGAGCACAAAUCCUUCACCUGGACGCCGAAAUUGCCGUGCUGGAAGACGCAAUGAGCGCCAAGGAAUCUGUACCAACCAGCAGGACGAGCAGGCAGCCUAAACCUCCCGAAAUAGAGCCGCGGAUGACCAGAACAGUCCUGAGACUGCAGCGAGAAAAGAGUCUAAUGGUGAAAGCUGAGCUGGAGAAAGAAAGACUGAUGAAAUUGAAGUUCGACCAAAUUAGGAAAGAAAUGGAGGAAAAACAUCUAAAAAAUAAAAGCUUGAGGGACCCAAAGAGUAUAUUCAACGUCCCAAAGAAAAAGGAAUGUAACCUUUCGGAAAAGGACAAGAAACGCAAUACUCUUACUAGGCCUUCCCACGAUGCAGGAAUGCAGAAAUCACCUCAAAAACAAGCGCCUUUCAAGAAAACCAUAGUGCGCACUUGCUCGAUCAAGGACCGAGUCAUCAAGGCCAAUCCUUUACCAGCUUUCUACCACAAAGCAUCUGCUCUGCCUCCUAUUGCCACCAAGAACACUUGUCUCGAUUCUCUGACACGUGACGAAACAGCGGCGUCAAACACCAAAAAGUCUGCACCUGUGAAUCCCGUUAUAAGGUCUGCAAGAAAUGUUACUUCUGGAGACUUCGUGAAAGAUGAUGGUGGCUAUACAAGCUCCGUAGUAGACAACAAUCACCGGGAUAGGAAAAGCACAGGCAAUGAUGUGUGUGUUGCUAGCUCGGAAAAUCAUCCAGAGACAGUAAACGAUAGUGAAAAUAGAGUUCAGCCUCCGAUCACGUCAGGUGAACAACGGACUGCAGAAGGCCGAGUCAAGUCACGUGAUCAACCGACUGCAAAAGGUCGAAUGAAAGUGCGCAAAAAGAAAGAAAGAGUGCGAACCUGUCCAAUCAGGGACCGAGUUAUUAAAGCUAAUCCUUUGCCAGCUUUCUACAACAAAGCAUCUGCUCUGUCUCCGAUUCCUGCCAACACGAAAAUACACCGCCGUGCCCCGACACGUGACCAGGGAGAGCCGUCACGUGACCAGACAGAGCCGUCACGUGACCAGGCAGAGCCGCCCAACACCAAGUUGACUGCACCAUUGCCUCCCAUUGUUAGGUCUGCAAACAAGGCCUCUUCCGUUGGUUUGCGGAAAGGUGACUGUGGCAAUACAUGGUCCGUCGCAGGCGACAAGCAGUUGAACAGAAAAGACAAGGUUAACGACCCUGGGCUGACAACCUCGUUGUGCGGUCCGGAGACACUGGCCAGGGGUAGACAGAGGGUGCUGCCUCCUAUCAACUCCCGCGACCAGCUGGUUACAGAAGGUGUAAGGAACGAAGUUGGUUCUCCCAGAAUGGCCUCAAGAUCCAGCAAAAAGUUACCACCAAUCAAAGCUAGUCAGAGCUCUAGGACGGGUGACCGGAUGACGGCCAGGACAAGACGGGCUGCCCGUACAAAAGACAGCACGAUCCGCACUGGCAAAGACAACCGCUCCGGCUACAAAAACAACGCAAAAUAGACAAUAUAGAUCUAUUGAUAUUUUUUAACUUAUACAAAUUAAACAUAAUUAAAUAUUUAAUCACU